GUUCCUCACUUGAUGCAAACAUCGACAUGUUUGUCAGGACAGUUUUUCUCCUCCACUUUGUUAAAUUUAUUCGAUGCAUGGAAAGUGAGAUUUGCUUUCCGAUUAGGCUGGAUGACGACAGGGAUGAUUUUAACAACGACUUGGAUAUCAGUGUUAGAAAGCGUGUCAUGAAGAUACAGGCUUUCCAGCAAGAAUUAGUGAUCGAUUUACAGCAAGAUUCAGAUUUCAUUGCUCCCUCCAUCUCUGUCCAAGACGGGUUUUGGUUCUCCAACACUGAUGUCAGCACUGACUUGAGAGGGUGUUUUUACUCUGGAUAUGUGAACGGUGACAGAGGUUCAUAUGCUGCUUUAAGCCUCUGCAAGGGUUUGAAUGGUGCCUUUGGCUUCCAGGGUUGGGAAUAUUUCAUCCGCCCGGUGCGCAAUGACACCCGGAGCGCACAAGACGCGCACGUCGUCCGACGCAGACCCAGCAACGACCUCAAGCAGAACUCCACUUCCAGGUGCGCGGUGGAGAGCGAUCUGAGCCCCUUAGAUGCGCAAUCCCUGCAGAAAUACAAGCAGACGACGGACCUCAACAAUGUGACCGAAACGAUGCUGAAGAAGAUGGGCAGAGCGAAAAGGUUCGCGUCUGUCCCCCGGUACGUGGAGACGCUGGUGGCUGCGGACGAGUCCAUGCUGAGCUUCCACGGGGAUGACCUGAAGCACUACCUCUUGACGCUGAUGUCGGUCGCAGCGAGGCUGUACAGGCACCCCAGCAUCCUCAACUCCAUCAGCAUCACCGUGGUGAAGAUCGUGAUUAUAUCCGAGGAGGACAAAGGUCCCAAAGUGUCCGGGAACGCAGCCAUGACGCUGCGUAACUUCUGCACCUGGCAAAAGAAGAUGAACAAACACAACGACAAGCACCCGGACUAUUGGGACACAGCUAUUCUCUUUACAAGACAGGAUCUUUGUGGAGCCUCCACCUGCGACACUCUCGGCAUGGCAGACGUUGGCACCAUGUGCGACCCGAAGAGGAGCUGCUCUGUCAUCGAAGACGACGGCCUGCCCUCAGCCUUCACCACCGCUCACGAGCUCGGCCAUGUGUUCAACAUGCCACAUGACAACGUGAAGGCCUGUGAAGACGUGUUUGGAAAGCUGCAGGAAAACCACAUGAUGUCCCCUACGCUCAUCCAGAUCAACCGCACCAGUCCCUGGUCUCCUUGCAGCGCUGCCAUCAUCACCGAGUUUCUGGACAGCGGACAUGGGGAUUGUUUGCUCGACCAGCCUCAGAAAACAUUAGCUCUUCCAGAUGUGCUGCCCGGUUCCUCCUACGACCUCGACCGUCAGUGUGAGCUCGCCUUCGGGGAAGGCUCCAAGCCGUGCCCUUUCCUGCAGCCGCCAUGCAGCCGGCUGUGGUGCACAGGRAAGUCCAGCGGCCAUCUGGUGUGCAUGACUCGGCAUUUCCCCUGGGCAGACGGGACCCGCUGUGGCGACGGGCAGGUCUGCGAUCGAGGCGUCUGCUCUGACAGACAGCUACAAACUGUGAAGCUGGAUGGUCGUUGGGGUAAGUGGGGUCCAUUCGGUUCCUGUUCCCGCACAUGUGGAAGCGGGGUCCAGCUGUCUAAACGGGAAUGUAACAACCCCGCCCCUUCAAAUGGGGGMAAAUACUGCCAAGGAGUGCGGGUCAAAUAUCGCUCCUGCAGCCUCAACCGCUGCCCUGAGACAGAUAAGACUUACCGAGAAGAGCARUGUGAGACCUCUGGYCAGACUUUCAGCAGUAACCGUGUUGCCCAGUCUGUGGUGUGGGUGCCAAAAUACUCUGGAGUUUCACCAAAGGACAGAUGCAAACUCAUCUGCAGGGCGAACGGGACUGGCUACUUCUACGUACUGUCUCCCAAGGUUGUUGAUGGGACUCCAUGCUCGCCAGACUCCACAGGCGUUUGUGUCCAAGGAAAGUGCAUCAAAGCUGGAUGUGACAGAGUAAUUGGCUCCACAAAGAAGUUUGAUAAGUGUGGAAUCUGCGGAGGCGACAACAAGAGCUGCAAGAAGGUGUCGGGACUCUUCACCAAGCCUGUGCACGGCUACAACUUCGUUGUCAUGUUGCCAGUGGGUGCUGCCAAUGUGGACAUCCGUCAGCGAGGCUACAAGGGAAUGAUGGGUGAUGACAACUACUUGGCAGUGAAGAACAGCAAGGGGCAUUACCUUCUCAAUGGGAAUUAUAUUGUGUCCGCUGGCGAGAGAGACAUCAUUGUAAACAACAGCCUGUUGCGCUACAGCGGCACCACCGGCCUCUCCGAGACCCUGCAUGCCGUGAAUCCCCUAGGAGAGGCCUUGACCGUGGAAGUGCUGUGUGCAGGCAAGAUAACGCCUCCCCGCAUACGCUACUCCUUUUACCUUCACCGUCAGACCAAGGAAGACAAAAUGCUGAAGAAGGGGGAGCGUGCAAAUUCAGAGAACAGCGUCCUGACAAAAGACGAAAUGAAGAAGGACGAGGAAGACAAUCUUAAAAGCUCUUACAGCAAGAUGAAUGCGCCUGUCGGGAAAUGGAUAUCUGCACCCUGGGAAGAGUGCUCGGUGUCCUGCGGYCGUGGUUUCCAGAGGAGAAUGGUGCAGUGUCUAAAAUCAGAUGGCAAGCCAGGGCUGGACUGUGAUUCUUCACAAAGACCCUCUGCCACCAGGGUUUGUGGAGACCCUUGUGCUGACUGGCAUAUUGGGCAGUGGUCUCCCUGCUCCAGAACCUGUGGGAAGGGCUUCAAAAGACGACCUCUCCACUGCAAAGACCAGACUGGGCUUCUGCUCCCCAGGGAUCUUUGCAAGGGCUUACGUAAACCUCAGGAGCUGGACUUCUGUAACCUAAGCUCUUGUCAGUAACGUGAAACUAUAUAUUAAAAAAAUAAWAUUGAUAAUAAAUAAAAUUCUGUGUUUCAAAGGAACCAAAACGAACCCACUAGCUAGUAUUACACCAUAUCUAGUGGUUUCAGCUGUUGCAUCCUGCAUUGUUGGACUGCCAGAGGAUAUUAAUGGAGAGUGCUCAGAAGAAAAACAAGAACAUGAAAGAGCAGCAGCCAAGGAAUGAGUUCUGGCAGAUCAGUUUCAGUGACAUCAGUUUKGCUUUCAAAAUAAAUCACCUCGCUGUAGCUUGAUGAAAGCUAUGCAAUUUGAAAGUCAAAUAAAACAUAGAUUCCCUGCACUGCUAGUUGAUACAGAAUGCCCAUCUUUAAGCAAUCAGCCUAUUUUACCAGUGAGUCUGCAAUUCAUUUUAUGUCACAAUAGUUUAAUUGCACAGACGUCAGAGUUUUAGCUAUACCUAAAACUAUUGGUGAAGUCAGCUGGGUGUCAAAAAAUMUGCAAAAUUAUCUGAACCGACAGCUGGCAAACUUUUGAUAUUUCCUGACAGUGUCKUCAUUCAAUCACAAAAACAUCAUGGAAUUCACAGAGUUAURCGGAUACUGCUGUAGCAACAGUUAUUUAUUAGCAAUAUAGUAAUUAUGUUUCCAGCUCAACAGAAUCAGAAAAGGUUAAUGACUGUCAACGGCAUUGAUAGGACACUUAAUUUUUUCCAGCAAUUUAAAGGCAAAUCUUCAUUAUGUGGUUAAUUAUGUUCCAAUAAUCUAAAAUAUUGGUUUGAGAUCAGUGCUCUGUUAUUGCUCAAUACACCUUUAAAGCUAAURUACUUCCAUAUCAAGUCUGUAUUCUUCAUACAUGAUUUUUCAAAAUUUGAUGUCUUCAAUAAGAGAUGCUGGUGACUGGAAUUGACUAAUUUUGAGCUCAACAGCUCAAAMUUUUUGAUUGACCAGUCAGAAACUGAAAAAAUGUGUAUUUUUCUCCAACCAGCACCAUGAUAUGCUCUGUAAUGGUGUUAAUGAGUGAAGGAGAAUUAGGGUUCAGUAUUACUGAGGUGUUUAAAAUUUUGUCACAGAGAGACAAACCUAAGAUGUUUGCAGUUUAUUUAGGAUGUGAAAGAGCAAAAUUUAAAAUGGGUAACAGUAAGGCCCAACCGCAUACACCRGAGUAUUACAUUUAUCCUAUAUAUAUUAUAUUUAACUGAUAGAACAUUUGAAAAUGUUGGCAAUCUUCUGGAAAUCAUUUGGUCAAGCUAAAGAUCUAAAUUCUCUUGAAUAUGCACAAUGAGACUGAUGAGUCGGUUAUUAAUGCUAACCAUGCUAAUUGUUAGCAUAAAAUGCUAAACUGUGUAGUCAUUUUGUCUUUGUUUUAAAUAGUAAAACUUGUUUUACGAUGACUGCCCUUUUAGUGAUGUGGUCCAGUAAUGGGAAUGUUUAAUAAAAGUCAGGGUUGAGUUGUAAAAAUAUCUUUGCUCUUAUUCUUCUAGUUUUUAAAGAGAAAUUGGUUAAAAAUCCUUAACAGUAUUUCAUAUCUCAGAAAUCUCAAAACAAAUUUUUAAUUGCAUCUCCUCAGCUGAUUUUUCUAUUUGUGCAUAGUUGUAACACUAGCUAAAAUGUUAUUAAAUACUGAAGAAACCUUUGGGUCAUUUCACGUCUCCACCGAAUUUUAAGCUCUUUUUCUGUACUGAUUGUGUUUGUCAGAUAUCAUUUUAGAAAGUUUGAUCGUUAGAGCAACUYUUGAAAACACAUCUUCCUGACACAAAUUAAUAAAUAAAAAUCAARCCUCUCAAUUUCCCUGACACAAUACAAACUGGUAAACAUUCACUCAUGUAUGAAAAAUAUGGACUUCUUUAGAGCCAUUAAUCUGCGACCUUCGUUUGACCUCCGCCAUUUGUCUUCACUGUUCAAUGUCAUCACRUCCGAAAGCCUGUUAUGUCAAGCCUGUCUGGAACAGAAACCGCAAAUAAUUUAAGGUCAAUAAAAUAAUAAAACACAGAGGGAAUGUUGUUAUCCUUGUAUAUCGUUAUUCCUGGCCCCAGAGUCUGAGCUAACUUGUUUUUCCUGAAUGCUAGAUGUAAUCCUGCCAUUUGUUAUAAACUUCUUUUUUUAAGAGGCCAGAUUAAACAACCCUAUAAUAUAAGAUCCAUCUUGCAACCAACUACAAGAUGGGUGUUAUAUUAGUGUUAGUCGUUUAUAUUUUUCUAUGUUCUUAAUCAGCUUUUGCACUUUGUACAGCAAAAGAAAACAAUGACUUACAUGAGCUGUACUGUAUACUAUGUAUACAUUUUCUCAGCUCUGUGCAAAAAGAUUUUUUUUUUCACAUGUAUUUGUAAUUGUCUUUGACUUCUGCAUAUUUAUUCCAAAAUAAAGCAAUUAAUUGAAAGA